AUGACAGACCCAACUUCUUCUAUCUUCUUCCGGCUCCCUCCAGAACUACGCCUUGAAAUCUACCGGCAUGCGUUCUCCAUCUAUCCCAACGCGAGAACUAGGGUGGGUAAAUUCAAGCUCAAUGAACAUGAUGAAAGUGCUCUUUCCAAAGGCUAUGAGGUGUACAUUCAUCCCACAAAAGCCCAUGCCUCCAUGUACAGAGGAGCUCCGGACGAAUAUCGUUCCCAAGAGGACCAGGAUCGCCUCCACGAGUAUCGCUACACACCACAAGAAUUCCUGGCCAUUCUCAGCGUCAGCAAGACAGUGUACAGUGAAGCGAUGCCCCUGUUCUACUCGGAGACAUUCUUCUGCUUCUUGAACAAGAACGGACCUUCGAACUUGGUCAGAAGCUUUUUAUUCAAUAUUGGCUCUCAUCGAGUGAAGUACAUCCGUCGGCUGUCCUGCGAGCUCAUACCGCUUAACUUUCCUUGUACAAGCGAGGACAGACCUAGUUUGAAGUGGGUGGCGGUUUUUCUUUCGUGGAUGGAGCAUAUCGAUAUUCUGGAGAUGACUGUGUUCGUUAGCGAGGAGAGACUUCACUUUGGUGAAAGGUACCGAAACCUUAUUCGUGGCAUUCUUGGGGAGGGGGAGCUCAUUUUCGAUGUGCUUUGGGGAUUCCACCACCUGUUGGCCCUUGAAAACAUCGGCACAAUGCGUCUUGUCGGCGAUCCGGACAAAAUGCUGUGGAACCGGGAUGACAGGCUCUUGCUGGAAGGGGUGAAGGGUAGAGAGCUAUUUGAGGGAGACACGGGUCAUCGGCCUCGGGUGGUUUUCGAGCAUCCUGAGGGUCUUGAUGAGAUGGGUGGGAUGUUGUAA